CCAGGGGCGGUGCCACAGCGGGCGGGGCAGCCGGUGAGCUGUGUGGCUUUGACCAUGAAGCCGCAGCCACCGGGCUAGGCCCGGGGCUGCUCCAGGCCUGGGCGGCCCGCAGAGGGCUGGGCCGGUCCCCGGCUCGGGUUCCCGGGACGGCAGGUGGCCGCUCACCAUGCCCGGCAAGCACCAGCAAUUCCAGGACCCUGAGGUCGGCUGCUGCGGGAAAUACUUCCUGUUUGGCUUCAACAUUGUCUUCUGGGUGCUGGGAGCCCUGUUCCUGGCCAUUGGCCUCUGGGCCUGGGGUGAGAAGGGCGUUCUCUCCAACAUCUCGGCGCUGACAGACCUAGGCGGUCUUGACCCCGUGUGGCUGUUUGUGGUGGUCGGGGGAGUCAUGUCAGUGCUGGGCUUCGCCGGCUGCAUCGGGGCCCUCCGGGAAAACACCUUCCUGCUCAAGUUCUUCUCUGUGUUCCUUGGCCUCAUCUUCUUCCUGGAGCUGGCGGCGGGGAUCCUGGCCUUCGUCUUCAAGGAUUGGAUCCGAGACCAACUUAAUCUCUUCAUCAACAACAAUGUCAAAGCCUACCGGGAUGAUAUCGACCUCCAGAACCUUAUCGACUUUGCUCAGGAAUAUUGGUCUUGCUGUGGCGCCCGAGGGCCCAAUGACUGGAACCUCAAUAUCUACUUCAACUGCACUGACUUGAACCCAAGCCGCGAGCGCUGCGGGGUGCCCUUUUCCUGCUGUGUUAGGGACCCUGCGGAAGAUGUCCUCAAUACCCAGUGUGGCUAUGACAUCCGACUCAAACUGGAGCUCGAGCAGCAGGGCUCCAUCUACACCAAAGGCUGCGUGGGCCAGUUUGAGAAGUGGCUACAAGACAACCUGAUCGUGGUGGCCGGGGUCUUGGUGGGGAUCGCCCUCCUCCAGAUAUUUGGCCUCUGCUUGGCCCAGAACCUCGUGAGUGACAUCAAGGCGGUGAAGGCCAACUGGAUCACACAUGGCGAUGGCUACAAACGACUCAAUAAACAACACUUUGAAAAACAGUGGUUUAUGUUCACCGUCUUCGAAGGUUCUGUUGGCAGCGUGGCCUCUACAGAGCUCUCCAGUGAGGACGACCCUGGCCUGAAUCCAACCAAGUCCUCUUAGGUGUGGGUGGACUAUGCUCUUGAGGAAGCCUUUCAAAUGGGUAUAUUGCCUUAAAGGUCACAUCUCCUGUUCCCCCCUGGGCGAUGGCUGUGUCAUCUACAACGGGACACAGAGGCACCUCACCUGGUCUGUUCUAUGUACCUGACCGCUAGUAUCUGAGAGUUGACCUUUCCAACCUCUGUGGGUUAUCCCUGGCUGGUACGUCUCAGCCUCAAGAGAGGCAUAAAGAUCUGAA